GCGGGUUUAAAAAUUUCCAAGACGACGGCGUGGAUAUUGUGGCUCAGCUGUUGUAUUAUUUUCUUUGCUUAUUUCACCCCCGAAUUUGUCGCCCGCGGGUUUGAUCUUCAAGCCAGAACCUGAUCAGGAAAUAAGAGUACCGCCUUUUUGUUGCAGCCAGAGAGAUAAAAAAAAAUAAUCCAUCCCAAUCGCUUUACAUAGCGCGGCAAAACUACAAUCGCUCUCGUCCCUUGUACCAUUACUUAGCGCCUCCUGACGCAUCGAAGACAGAAAAAAAGAAGAGAACGACAACUUUGCCCUCGUCGCAUCUUGUCACGCUAGAUAUCGGCCGACGCCAAAGUGCCGUCAUAGGGAGGCUGAUGCCAAAAAUCGCCAACCCAGACUAGCAAUCAUUAUUUUAGUCCUGGUGCCUCUGCUUGGUGCCUUGCCUUGGCCUACGUUUCUGGGGUAUUUUUUGUUUGAAGGACAACCCACAUUCGUUUGGUUUGAUUCUACAUUUACAAACCCCACGAUAGUAUCUGGCAUAUCUGUUUUAAAACAAAACACAUCUUGCAACAUGUUGCGAAUAUCAUAUUGGGUCUUGCCCAUAAUAUCCGGCGUUGUAUGGCUUGCCACCCUCCUCGGCCUCCUGCUCAACUGGACCAUCAACGAGGACCAUGUACACUAUGGCAGCAUGAGCGAGGGCCAGACCAUCGCGUACAUUAGCGACACCGGUGCUUACAGGCUGAAGCCGCUGUUCAUUACGGGCUGCGUCAUCACAACCAUCUUCCUCGACGCGGGCUUCCUCGCCGAUAGGUGGCUGAGGCACAAGGGCAGGCUCGUGCCUAAUUCCACCAUGGGGGAGAAGAUCUUGUCAGGCUUGACUAUUGCAUUCGCCAUCGUAGGCACAGUAGGCCUGAUCAUGCUGAGCAUCUUCGACACUGCAAGCCAUAACAGGUUGCACAAUAUAUUCCUGGUCUUCUUCAUUGGUGGAUACACAAUCAGUGCCAUUUUCAUCUGCUGGGAGUACCAGCGCCUUGGUCGCAACCGAGACCACCGCGUCCUCCGCAUCUCAUUCUGGAUCAAACUGGUCUUCAUUAUCGUGGAGAUCCUCCUCUGCGUCGGCUUCGGCACCGCCAGCCGCCUCCGCGAAUUCAACGUCGCCGCCGUCCUCGAGUGGAUCAUCGCCGUCGUCUUCUCCUUUUACGUCUUCUCCUUCUACGUCGACCUUUACCCGGCCGUCUUCACCAAGAACGGGAAGCCCUACUCCCGCCCCCUCGCCGGCGGCGCCUUCAGGACCAAGGGCAUGGCCGAACCUCCCAUGGCCGAGCGCUACCGCGGCGGUUCAGGCAGCGCCGCUGAGGAAGGCAGGAUCGAUUCAGACUCUACCGUUGCUGGCGGAGUUGGCGGCAGCAGUGGCGCCGCCGGCGGUCCGUUUGGUUCCGGUGCAAUGUCGCACACGGAAAGGGAAUACUAUCAGCGUCCGCCUGUGCCGCAGAACUUCUAGGCUCUGCUUCCGCGGCAUUGUAGUGAUCGGCUGCUGGUCGAAAGGGCUGAGGAAGAGCAGCAGCAGCCACAGCCACAGUCGCUUGUCAGACCAUACAAGUCUGGCAGGGGAGUGGUUCUAUUGGUGAGGCGGCCCGGGUCUGGUAUGCGAUGAUGAUGAUGCAAUUCUGCCCAAGACCCGUACCUUUGCUCAUUGUUUAUCAUUGUUCAUUUGGGCACAAGCAAGCGGCUGUUUUAUUUGGCUUUGGCUUGGGCUAGGAGUUUAUGGGCGUUUACAAUGAUGAGACCUAAAAUAGUGUUAAAAUUAAA